AUGCCUGCGGAGAAAGAUAAGGAUGCAUUCUGCAGGACGACGCUGUCUAGCAUGCUCCUUAACUAUCCGCCGCCUACGGUAGUCGAUCUGAAUCGCGAAUUCAAGGACAAUGACCAGAGGGAAAGAGAGACAUUGCUUGGUAUAAAACACUACAUUGAGAAUAGCAAAUAUGUGCAAGAUGAGGAUGUCGUCCUGAUAGUGGACGGUGAGAACUCGUGGUUCCAGCUCCCGAGCGACGCCAUCAUCAAGCAGUACGCGCGCGUUCUGGAAGAUGCGAAUGCGCGGCUGCUGAAGCAAUACGGCGUGGACAAGAAUGGUUUCCAGAGAUACAACCAAUCGAUCGUAUUUGGCGCGGAGAAGAUGUGUGAGGGUGAGGACAUGGCGUGUCGGUAUGCGCCAAAGUCGACACUGCCAGCGAAUCUGUAUGGCAAGACGGAGAGCUUCGAUGCUGAGGAUCGGCCGGCGAGAUAUCUGAAUUCGAAGAUGGUCAUGGGCCCGGCUAAGGAUUUGAAGGUCCUGUAUCACGCGGCGUUGCGCAAUCUGGAUAUACAUAGUACUCGCGAGCAGACUGUACAGUCGGUGCUCGCGACCAUGUUUGGAGAACAGCAGUUAAGACGGGAUGCGGUGGUCAAGGAAGAGACGAAACUGCCUGUGGUCGCCGGUAUCAAAGAUAUACUAGAAGGCACAAAAGGCUCAGAGUUGAAGGUCGACCUAGCAACUGCACCGCAGUACGAGUUCUCCAUGGGCCUCGACUACGCGCACACCCUCUUCCAACCUCUUGCGUAUGCUCAUGAAGACGAGCUUGUCGCCCUUGUCCACAGGAACGACACAGACAUAUCAGAUCACUUGCACUCCACCUCAUGGACGAAAUCUCUCGAUCUCCCCCGAGCCCUGAACGAGUCAAAUCCUCCCUUCUGGCGUCCCGACCUGAAUUCCAAGAACAACCCCUCCCCAAACGAGAGACCCGCGCACAUCGACAACCUGGACUUGAAACCCGAUCUCGACAACCUCCCAACCCGAACAACACCCUGGACCAACCUCCGCCUAGUACAAAACACGUACACCGGCAGCGUACCCGCAAUCCUGCUCGCGGCAGCGAAUCCCGCCGCAGCCAACGUAACCUGGAAAGACAUGUGGUACUACCCCUACAAGCGCGCCUUGUUGCGCAACUACUUCCGCACUCCGCAAUCCCCGCUCGGCUACCACAACAGCCUGGUUGGCGGCGACCGCUCAUGGGACAUGCGCGGCGGCCGGGGCGGCGUAUGGACAGCCACCGACGAAACGUGGCUUGCGUGGGGCGAGGCGGAUGGUGUGUGCGGCUCGGUGAAUCAGAUUAAAGAGGUGUUUAACGAUGGGAAGGGCGUGUGGUUGCAUGAGGGGGAGGCAGGGGCGGAGGACAGGCGGUUAGAGGAGGAGAGGAGGGUUAGUGGGGAAAUUGAUAAGAAUGGGUUUAAGACUGAUAAGGGGGGGAAGAUGGAGGCGGUGGAGAAGGAUGAGGAGGAGGAGAAGAAGAAGAAGGCGGAAGAGGAAGCUCAGAAAAAGCAGGAAGAAGAAGCGAAGAAGAAAGCUGAGGAGGAAGAGAGGGAGAGACAGAGGGUGCAGAAUGAAAAGGAGCAGAAGGAGAGGGAAGAAAAACAGAAGCAAGAGCAACAGUCCUCAGCCUUGGCAGCUCAUGAAGACGAAAGGGAGCGUCAAAGAGCGAAGGCGGAACAGGAUAUGAAGGAUAUGGAAGCUCUGGAUCGGGCAGUUAUAGAAGGAAUCGAAUAG